AUGAAAUUAAACAUAACAUUUUUGAUAGCUGCCGCUCUUUUGAGUGAAAUAUCAGCAAAACCACUUCGGAAUACCAGUGAAGUAGAUGGAUGGUUUGUACCAACAGUUGAUGGUAAAUUCUUCUGGAUGACUCGCGAGCAGUUCGAGAACGAAUAUGACAAACCUAAUGAGCGCAAAACUGUGUCGGUGGAAUAUUACUUGUAUACCCAAACAAAUCCUACUUCUCCUGAAGAAUUGUACUUGGAUGAUACCGAUACUUUAGCCAGCUCCAGUUUCGACAAAAAUAAGCCUACAAGGUUUAUCAUUCACGGAUGGCAAAAUAACGCAAAUUCUGAUGUCAAUUUGAAAAUCCGUGAAGCCCUGAUGGAAGUUGGAAGCUUUAAUGUGAUAAGUGUCGAUUGGAGUUCAGCAGCUGGAUCACUUAAUUAUGCCAGUUCUAAAAGUGCUGUAUCAACAGUUGGCAAAAAUGUGGCUGCAUUUAUUGAUUUCUUGAAUGAAAAAGCCGGUAUGACAUUUGAGAGUCUAACUUUGGUAGGACAUAGUCUGGGAGCUCAUGUUAGUGGAUAUGCUGGCAAAAAUGUAAAUAGAGGAAAAAUUAAUAUCAUAACUGGACUUGACCCAGCUGCACCACUUUUCGACUACUCAAACUGUGAUACAAGAUUAUGUUCCACUGAUGCAAUGUUUGUGGAUUCUAUUCAGACCAACGGUAAACUACUCGGUUUCCUUGAACCAAUUGGCAAGGCUGCAUAUUAUCCAAAUGGUGGAAAAUCUCAACCUGGAUGUUUAUUAGAUUUAGCUGGAAGUUGUUCACAUUCACGGUCGUUCAAAUAUUAUGCAGAAGCUUUAUUGGAAAAUAAUUUUCUCGCUAUAAAAUGCAGUGACUAUGAAGCAGCAGUUGCUAAGGAUUGUAAAGAAUCCUAUCAAGGUUUAUCAAGAAUGGGGUCGCCCGGAAGUAUAUUUAAUGAGGGAGCUUAUUAUGUUCCAGUUAAUAAGAAAUCACUCUUUGGUACGGGUUGACAAUUGAAAUUUUCUCAAAACUAUGUAUAUG